AUGAAGCUCAAUUUCCCCACCUGGACAGCCAUUGCAUGGCACCUGGCUGGGAGUGCCAGCGCAACAACGCAGUCGACCUUUAUCUCCCUUGACCAAUACUUCAACAACAAGGCAUUCGGAACCUAUCCCGGAGAGACAUCUUUUGACGCCUUGAAUCAGUCGUACCCUGAUCCAAGAAUCAUCGGGAUCAAUGGCACCUAUACUUCCCAGCACACUGGAAUCGUGUACAAUUUCCCCGGCUAUCGUGGCCCCUCCCUGCCCGAUAAUGUGGUCUGCGAAGGCCAGACAAUCACCGUGCCUGGUGACCAAUACUUCUCUGCAUCUAUGCUGGUGACAUCGGACGUCGAACUGUCCACUGUGUCUGGAAAUGUGACCUACACGUACUCGGACAACUCCACUCUCGUAUCAGAACUGCGCAGCUUGCCGUGGUGGGCGUUCUUAACGAUCAACCGCGGCGAGAUCAUCUUCCCCUACCGGUAUACUGCCAGUGAGACCAACUUCAACACCUCCCACAUCUUCGAAUACACUGCAGCGCUGGACUCGAGCAAAACACUGCGCUCCAUCACUCUGCCGGUCACUACCAACACCACAACGGGCCGACUGCACGUCUUCUCCGUAUCAUUGUGGGAGUCUCCUGUCUCGUCCGCACAAGUCCAGUUCAUUCGCCCAACCCAAAAGUGGACAGAGAGCGGCAACCAAGUAGUCGAAGUGACCAUCAACAACCCAGGGUCUGAGUGCAUUUCAGGAUCCGGCAUCGCAGUAUCUUUGAACAUGUCCGGCAUCCAGACCAUAGAGCCCGGGUACAUCAGACGACUCUGCCCUGGUGACCAGAAACGCGUCAACAUUGGCGUGAAUGGCACAGCCAACGGAACAGCAACCGUCAUUCUAGACUACACCCACUCCACCCAGCACCAAACCUACGCCCACCCCCUCUCCCUCGGCCUCACCGAGUGGACAUCCGACCUCUCCAGCCUCUCCCAGCACGAAAGUCCACAAUGGUUCGACAACGCCAAAUUCGGCAUCAUGAUCCACUGGGGUCCCUACUCCGUUCCUGGCUGGGGCAACUCGACCCCCUAUGAAAGCUACGCCGAGUGGUUCUGGUGGUACACCACCCACCGCGCCGCCGACAAGUCCGACACCUACGACUACCGACUCCGCACCUUCGGCCCCGACUGGAACUACGACGACGGCUUCCCCUCCUUCACGGCAGCCAACUUCUCCCCGAAAGCCUGGGUCGACCUCAUCGCCAGCUCAGGCGCCAAAUACUUCGUCUUAACCACCAAACACCACGACGGCUUCGCCCUCUUCGACACCCACAACACCACCAACCGGUCCUCCCUCCACUACGGACCCCGUCGCGACCUCGUCUCCGAGCUCUUCACCGCCGCCCAAACACACCACCCCGCCCUCAAACGCGGCACCUACUUUUCCCUCCCCGAAUGGUUCAACCCCGACUUCGGCCCCUACGGCUUCGCCCAACUCCCCGGAAACACCUCCACCAGCUGGCCCGGCAUCAUCGCCCGAAACCCCUACACCGGCCUCGACGAGCCCUACACCGGACGCAUCCCCGUGUCCAACUUCAUCUGGGACCUCAUGGUCCCGCAAAUGUCCAUCCUCGCCCACAACUACAGCACCGACAUCCUCUGGUGCGACUGCGGCGCCGCCAACGGCACCGCCCCCUUCGCAGCAGACUGGUUCAACACGGCCCGUUCCCAAAACCGCCAAGUCACAAUCAACUCCCGUUGCGGCGUCGCCGAAGUCUCCGACUUCGAUACCCCCGAAUACGCCACCUUCAGCUCAGCCCAACUCCGUAAAUGGGAAUCAAACAUGGGCAUGGACCCCUACAGCUACGGAUACAACCGCGCCACUGCCCCGUCUUCAUACAUGAACGCCAGCACCAUCAUCACUGACCUCGUCGAUAUGGUCAGCAAGAACGGGAAUUUUCUUCUAGAUAUCGGCCCCCGUGCCGAUGGGACGAUCGUUGAAAGUGAGGCGAAUAACCUCCGAGAAGCAGGGAAAUGGAUCCACUCUCACUCCGAGGCCAUCUUUAACACAACAUACUGGUUCAUCAUGAGCGAAGCCAAUGCCCUCACUAUUACCGACGGAGAAAUCGGAGUCCGAUUCACCCAGAGUGUCAACGCAUUCUACCUCUUAUUCCUCGCCUACCCAACCGAAACCGUAUACGCAAAUGCCCCAGUACCCCUACUACCCGGCGACCGGGUAACAGUCUUCGGCAACGAAGCAGAAACGGAAGUAAACUGGACAGGAACCCCAAGUCAGGGCUUCACAUUCCAUAUCCCCGAUGGAGCAUGGGAAGGGGAGGAAUUCACAUGGGUCUUGAAAAUCGAGUAUCUUGCUUAG